UCAACAUGGCUGCCGGCGAGGUACGGAGCAGACGGCAAUAGUAGUAACAGGGAAAAAGCUGCUACAACUGAGUAUUUCUGUGUAAAAAGUGAUGACAUACAAGAGGCAGAUAUAAACUACGUUGUUUGAUGUCAUGAUACAGACGUCUCGGAAAAAAUGUCAUCUAUAUCAAUGAAAAUAUUUCUCUGUGUUUCGGUGCUACUGGUUUUCCUCAACAAAUCAGAUGGCUGCACUUUCCCCUCUGACCUCACCGGCGACUGGGUCACAAGUAGCCGGAGUACUUUGACCUUUACCUCAACGACCUUCACCCCGUGGACCGUGACCUCGCAGGGGACCUUCACCUUCACAUGUCUGCAGAAUAAUGGUUCAUUCUACAUUAGCAAAUCGAAUAGUUUCUCCUAUGUCGGCCUCACCUGGUACGCCUAUCUCUGCAUGGACCUCAACGCCAUCAACUCCAACGCCUUCUACUACAACCUGGGGUCAAGUAGGGAGGCAGGUGCCGGCAAUGACAAGGUGAAGAUCUUCGCAGAUGGAACAACUAUCACACAGGCCCUCAUCUGUGAUGACGUCAGUUACACCAUCGGCACACACGACGUCAUGGUCAAAAGCGGAGCAGCCGCCAGCGCCGCCAGUAGUUGCCCGACAGACGUGCAGGCCAAGUGGAUGUACUCUUUAGAUGCCGGAAGUGGUGACACGUGCUCAUCCGGGUCCUACCUAGAAGUGUGCACUGACACCACAGCGAUGAACUUCAACUACACUUCCUGUAACUCGAACGUCGCUUACUCGGCGGGAGGCAGUCUUUAUUGCAUAUACAACACCACCAGCGGGGCCAACACCUACCUCACCCUCUACAACAACGACAUAACGACGGAUGAGGCAUCGACGUACAGAUUUACAUGCAUGGUGCUGAGUGCUUCAGGCAGCCAGGUGUACAUGACACAGUACCCACAACAAUGCUUGUCCAACCAGACCUCUACAUCAGUUGUCUCCCCUGGCGCCACACUUGUUCUUCAGAAUUCAACUUCUUGCAACCCUACCACUACGGCACCAACUACUACCGCUGCUACUGCUACUACGACGGCCCCUGUGUCGUCUGCUCUGGCCACCGGCCUGGGGGUCACUUUCGGUCUGCUGUUUAUCAUUUUGGUUGCUGUCGUCGUUAUCUGGUGCUUGUGGAAACAGAACAAAGAGAAUGCAAAAAUAAGGGGGGAUAAAGAUGUUGAGGGGGGAACGCAAGAAGGGGGGAAGGAAUUGGACAAGCCGGACGGAGCAGUACCCCCGGAUGUUCUCCCGACCAUUCCGGACAAACCCCAGAGUCCGUCCGGGGAAACUCUCCGCCCGACAACUAGCGGAUCAAUCCACGUGACCAUGGGUUCUGCCGACGAGAGCGAGCGGGAUAGUAAACUGUCUGAUCUCAGCGUCGAGGAGCAUAUUUCUCCCCCGACAGGGUACAACGUGGUGGGCGUCCAUCCAGGUCUAGAGGACGAAGUAACCGUGUUGGAACCUACGCCAGUCAAGACAUUUGCUCCACAGAGAGGCGUUGUUCCGAAAGGAGCCGUUUCUUUGAGCAAUGGAACCAAGCCACGGCCGAAGGUUGGGAAGCGAACGAAGCUUCCCCCAGUCGAAGGGAAGCCGUUACCCCCCAUCAAAGAGGACAUCACCCCCAGGGGAGUGAGUGGCCGUAGGGGCAGUCAGACCAGUCUACGGAGGAAAUUCGGCCAGAAGGGCAUUGUCGGAGUAGAGGAGACCAGUACGGAAAGUGGGGAAGAGCUGCCUGGUCAGCCUCAGACCCGGGGGGUGGUCAAACUCAGGCCGGUCAAGAUGCAGCGCGGAGGAAAGAAGCCUGUCCCAGAGAAACCAGAGAAGAAGGUUCGAACCCGGAGCUACAGGGACGCUAAAGAUUCCUCUGUUGACGACGACGACUACGUCCCGCCAUCCACGCCGAUCAAAAUAACCAGAGUGGACAUCCCCAGUCUGGCCAAGGAGGACUUCAAGAGGACAAGGAGCAACAAAUCUGACAUGAAGGUCGUCGACAUGGAUGAUGAAGGUGAAAAGAAUGUUCUCCCGGGCGCUACACUAGAAGAGAAUCCCGACUAUCCGUUCACGUCCCCUCGCAAGCGCUCCUGGCUUCAAGAAGCAGUCCCAGACGACCAAGUAGAGGUGUGGGGCAAGGUGUCAACCCUCUGGAAGCUGGGUCAGGUGUGGUCAGACAAGGUACACAUGUGAGGCAGAGGCCAUUGAGGUCACACGUGAGGCAGAGGUCACCUGGGGUCACACGUAAGGAAGAGGCCACCAGGUCAAACGUGAGACAGAGGUCAUCACAGGUCACACGUGAGGCAAAGGCCAACUGAGGUCACACGUGAGGCAGAAGUCAUCCGAUGUCGGACUUUCGUAACCUUUCGUUGAAUGCAUGCUACGCUACGUCGAAUAUGAUCGCAUGUCGUUGGUUAUAUGUAUUUUGUCGUAUCCGGUUUAGCAUAAGUAAACUAGUUGUGUUGUUUAUGUUGCAAUAACUGGAAGUCCGAGAUGGUUGAUGUUAGUAGUUAUAUUGGCCAUAUUUACAGUGUUGCCCAUUUGGUAACGUAGAGAUUAACUCUUUUUCGAGAAGACUAUGUUAGUGACAACAGCUAGUUGAUGUUCGUGUUGAGCUGUCUUACUUUUUUUGAGGUUUUACGUGCGCUUUCCGGCUGCAAGCGUAUGUCGCACACGGUUGAGCUGUCGUCGACUCACGGUUUAAGUAACAUAGCCUUACACCAUUAUGAUGACGUCACACUGUUGUUGUUGUUGACUCUCAGCCAGGAAUUCAGUGGCAAUUCUGAACGUGUAAAACUCAUGCAUCUAUCGGUCAUUAUGCAAAUUAUAGAGAAAUUAUACAUCCAUAACAUGGUCUGAGAUAUCACUCGAUUUCCGGAAGCCUUCGGGACUCGUUGAUUCUACUUCCGGAAUCAACAUGUGAUCAUGGUUUACUGAGAAAAGUAGGGAGGGACGGGGCUGCUGGUUAAAGCGUUCAAACUCGUCAUGCCGAAGUUACGAGUUCGAUUCCCCAAAUGGGUACAGUGUGUGAAGCCCUGUAUAGUGUCCCCCGUGUGAUUUUGGUGAGACAGCGCUAAACGCGGCAUAAAACCAAACACUCAUUCACUGAGAAAAGUAGUCCUUCCAGAUUUUCACUUGUUUCUCGACUUUCGAACUAAAAAUUACCAGUAUAAUCAAAAUUCCAAUUUUCAUUCGUCUCUGGAGUACGGGUAGUCCUGCACCAUGACCGUGGAAUAUAUUUAUUUUAUGAAAAAAAAUAAUUUAGAAAUGCAUACAAAAGCAAGUCUAGAAAUCAGCAUAGGGAAUUUUUUAUAUUUUUAGGGUCAAGAAGGAUAUUAUGUAAUAUAAGAUUUCAGAGACUAAAUGUUAGUCUAGAGUACGGGCUAAUGCCUGUAUUAUACAUUGAACUACAUAACAACACCUAAUCUUCUGGGGAUUCGUGUUGGGUGAAGAUUAGGAUUUGCGUCAGACGGUCACUCGUGGAUCAGUACAAGUAAAGGAUUAGUCACUAGCCGUGUCUGAUGCCCCGAGUCUGUCCUUGACAACCCCAGCCAUUGUGUAACUAAUGUUAAGUUGCAAGGAAGGUAGGACACCUUCAACCCCACUUUCGUGAAAUAUUUGUAAAUAAAUGUAAAAAUCUGUGAAAAGGUUUGCUUGUGUACUAUUUAUUCAACUUGAUUAAUAAAAUCAUGUCAGAUUUUAUUUUCGGUAUAUUAUAUUUUUGUAAGAAUUUUGAAUACCUUAUUUAUUAUUUAUUUAUUGUAUGUUUUAAUAGUUUUCUGAAUGUGUCGAAUAGAAUGGAUGUUGAAAGCAUUGUCCAGUAUUGUCCAGUCACACACGUUAAUUAAGUAUAAGUCAGUGCAGGGAUGCGGCCGUUUGUUUUGUAUUUUGAGCACUGCGAGCACUCGAAACCCAGGGUCCACUUGCACAAAGCAAUCUUAGCGCUACGACUAUUGUAAGCCUAUGUUAAAGCAUGGGAGUUACGAUCAUCUUAGCGCUAAGAUCGCUUUGUGCAAGCAGGCCCAGGUCCAUGUAAAAAUGUGCACGUGGACCUAGGUUUCCAAGACCAAGCAUUUAAUGUUUGUAUGAGUCUUUUCACAGGUGAUGUUUGCAAUAAAAUUGAU